AUGGCGCAGAGAGACUUGUCUAGACAUGCGGACCGACUGGGUGCGGAUGACAUUGUCGCGACCAAGUCAUCUAAGGUGGCGCACUCCAGGCCGUCCGAACCGCAAAGUGCCUCUUCAACACCGAGUAGUCGCUCUGCCUGGUCUACGCGCUCUCCUCAAGGGGUUGAAAUGGUGAAUAGUUUGCCCACUCCUCGUCCAGAGGAGUCGCCUUUGGCUGACUCUGUCCCCGUAGACAGUAGUGAUGCCAAUGGUUCUAGAGGACGCGCGCCCAACGCAAAGGUUGCUAUCCCACGGGAUGUCAACAGUCUGGGCCCGCCGUCUAUAGGCCGGGUGCCACGGGCAUGUUCGUCGUGUAGAUCGCGAAAGGUAAAAUGUAGUGGCGAACAACCCGUUUGUCGACAAUGUCGUGAGCUCGAUCUGGCCUGUCACUAUCCAUUGGGCUGGAAUGAGAGAAUGAAAAAGGAGGCCAAUGAUCUCUCCGCUUUGGUACAAGAUUACAGAAAGUUCGUCCAAGAUUUGCUUGGCACUGCUGAAAACGCGAAGGCCCAAUGGGCUCAUUCUACUUUGCAAAAGUACCAAUCAUUGAUGGAUGAUCUGCCGGAGACAAUUCAACUCCCCACACCUGCGACGCAAGAUGAGAAUAGUUCAGGCGAGAAUUCCACCGACGUGGAUCACAACGAUCAGAACAACCCGCCCUCGGAGAACGAGCAAUGGCUAGACCCAAAAUUCGGCCAGAUAGAACCAGAUGGGAAGGACGAGGAGCAAGUCGCCGACGGAGUCACGACGGAUACACUCGACUACGCUCUUGGAGACUUCGCCACGAACGUCCCCCAGCCUGUCAACAAGUACGGCAUGCCAUCGCGACAACUUUCAGAUCUUUUGUUCGAGGAGUAUUGGAAUAACGUGCACCCUGGUUUCCCCAUGAUCAACCGACCGCUCUUCCGUAUCCAAUACCAGAGCUUUUGGGAUCAAGGGCAACAACCAGGCGACAAGUGGUUGGCAAUUUUGAACGUGAUCUUCGCCAUUGCGGCCAAAUAUGGCCACCUUACUCAGGCACCGUGGCGCGGCGAGGAAAAUGACCACUUCCUAUAUUUCAAUCGAGCAAGGCUGCUGAGCUUGACGGGCGAAGAGUUGUUCAGUCCCCCAAACCUUCAACAAGUGCAACUCGAGGGGCUGGUUGCUUUCUAUCUGCUUGCAACCGAUCAAAUUGGCAGGGCAUGGAGAAUUUCUGCUUUGGCUGCGAGAUCAGCAGUCACGCUUGGUGUGAACCGAAGUCUCACCAACAAGCUGCCAGCAAAACUGAGAGAGGCUCGCUUCCGACUCUGGUGGUGUCUUUACACCCUUGAGCAAACACUGGGCCUUAUUUCUGGUCAUAUCUCGUCGAUCCCCAAAGACAAACAUGCCCCGCCUCUGCCAAUACCUUUCGAAGAAGAAGAAUUCGAAACCGACUCUUCAGCCUCGGCUCUACUUCAACAUCCCGGAGUCCGAACGCAAUGGCUCCAAACAAUCAUGCCAAGCUCAAAGAUUUGGCCAAGCGAUGGCUACAGCAAAAACACUAAACAAGAAUCUCCACCAAGAGAUGACGCAUGGCUUAAGUUCCUGGAGCCCAAUGCGGGCCUCUUCUACCUCUUCUACUGUGACUUGGCCGUCAUCAUCGAAGAAAUCGUCAACCAGAUCCACGUAUCCUCCAUCUGGAUCGACAGCGAGAAACGAAUCGACGACCUCCGUUCUCGCAUCGAAUACUGGAAGAAAAGCCUCCCAUCAUCUCUGGACUUCACAACAGUCGAUCUCCAAAGCAGCGUGAGCCAGAUGCGGUACAAGCUCGGUCUCGCAUUCCACUACCAAAGUGCUCGAAUCGUACUCGGUCGUCUCUGGCUAUGUCGACGAGACGAACUUGGUCCGGACCAACCACAAAUGCUCAACCAUAAUAUGGCAAUGAUGACCCUGGACGCCGCGAAACAAAUCCUCGACUUGCUACCCGAUCAACCAAACACGGUACAACUCUACCAGAUGUUCCCAUGGUGGAGUGUCCUCCACUAUAUCUCCCACGCAGCGAAAAUCGUCCUCUUCGAACUAUCAAUCGGAUGCAUGCACGUACGAGAUAGUACACCGCAUCUCGUCUGGCUCGCGAAAAAGGCUAUCUGUUGGUUACACGCAAUUUCAACCCGCAGUCCGGGCGCGAAACGAGCGUGGCGACUUUGCGACUCGUUUUAUCGCAAGGUUUCGGAACAGGUAGGGUAUUGUACGAAUGAUAUCCCGCCGACGACUGAGACUGUUAAUCCUUCUGAGUUGAAUCAGCAGUAUGGGAGUUCUAGUUCUGCAGAAGUUGGUGAUUUGGAGCCGUUUGACUUUCAAAUUGAUGAUGUGGAGUUGACAGAUUGGAUUACUUGA